AAAGAAAUCCAACCUAGCUUGCGUGGCAGUGUCUUUGAUCGCCGUUCCACGUACGUCCCGCCGCCAUGAGCGAGCCCGAGCGCGCCCAUGUGAUCCGCGGCCGCCGCUGCAGCUCCGUGCUGGACGAUGACGAUCUCCUCUGGGAGAUCCUUCUCCGCCUUUCGCCGCAGCCGUCCUCCCUCCCACGUGCCUCCGCAGUCUGCAAGCAGUGGCGGCGCCUCACAACGGAUCCAGUGUUCCUCCGCCGGUUCUGCGAGCAUCACCGGGAGCCGCCCCUCCUUGGCGUCUUCGGGUGCGACAAAGAAAACAUCGUGUUCGCUCCUUCCCUGGGCCCUCCUGACCGUAUCCCUUCCGUGCACUUUGACCUUGGACCACGGCGUAGCGGCAGGAUCGCCAAGCUUGUGAACCCUGUGCUCGGGUGCCACCACGGUCGCGUCCUCAUUGGGGACUAUAUACGGAAACAAGUCAUUGUGUGUGACCCCAUCACUGGCGAGCAAUGUCGUGUGGCCGUCCCUUUGGAGUUCCGGAGGGACCACUUCUGCGGGGCAGUGCUCUGCGCCGCUAGCGAUCAAGGCCACGUGCACGGCGCAUGCCAUUCAAGCCCCUUUAAGGUGAUAUUGGUUUCCACGUGGUGUUACGAUGAUGGACGAACCCGUGCAUGUGUUUACUCCUCGGAGACCGGUGCAUGGGGCAAUAUCAUCUCAACGGCAUUUCCACGUUUCAUUUGGGAUGCUGGUUGGUCUGGGUUGCUUGUUGGUAAUGCACUUUACUGGUUGUGCGGAAAUGCAGAUUGCAUACUUGAGUUUGAUUUGAAAAAGCUGAGUCUUGCUAUCAUCACCGCUCCACCCAUUCCAAUGGAAUCCUGGUCUUGUCACAUCAUCCAGGCUGAGGAUGACGCUAUUGGCUUUGCUGCAUUGUCCUACCCACGCUUCCAAAUGUGGCAGAGGAACUCCAAUGGUCAUGAUGUUCCCACAUGGGUGUUGUGGAAAAACAUUGAAAUACAUAACAUUCUUGAGCUACCUCAUCAUAUUGAUAGAAGGUCAACAGGUAUAUAUGGAUACUCUCAGGAUACUGAUGAAAUAUUUAUACUUGUGGAACCCAACAAUGUAUACUUGGUUCAACUUAGGUCGAUGCAAUCAAAGAGACUUCAUGGAAUAGAUUGUAUCAUGAAAUACCAUGCUUUCACGAGUUUCUGUACACCAGGCGUCCGAGCGGGGAAGAGGACUACUCCAAAAUGAUUCUUGAGAGGAACAAGUCGACACCACUGACAACAACUCUAUCGUCACUCUGCACCCGACCACCCGUACACCAUGGACAAGACGCAACUCUUUCUUGGCGCCAACCAGUUGAUGGUCAAUGAUGACAACUCCAUCAUUUCUCUACACCCGGACACCAUGGACAUGUUGCGGCUGCAUGUGAAAACACUAUCCUGCUGAAGGGGUGUGUGCUACCUAAUCUAUUCUUCCUAGAUGCAAGGCUCAAGACAUUAUGACAUGACGGACUAAUAGAUCAGUAAUAUGAUCCUUAAUAAUCCCUAUUUUUUCCUGUUGCA